UUUUUGUCCUUAUUUGUGUAUGUUAAGUCAGCACUUCAGCUGUUACACUUCCAUGCUGACAUUUUAAAUCUUUUACAUUGCUCUUGUAAAUCUUUGUGUAAAGCAAUUGAGGUGAGUGGUAAAAUGUUUGUUUUUUUACAGGCUUCCUGUUUCAGUUUGCUUUCUGGUUGUGGUUGCCGCUGCAGUUAUCACGUUGUGUCCCUGAUGGAUGAAGUAUCAUUACAGCAGGACUUCUCAGAUGUUUUUUCUCUUGUUAGGUACAUUGAUGCUUCUCCAGUCUUCUGCUGUAGGAUCCAUCAAAACAGUUGAGCGUUACUGGAUGCUUAAACCAAAUGUGCUUGUGGUGAAUGUAGAUGUGGGUAAAGAUGUAAACAUGGUACAAGUGCCACUUAUCUGCGGAGAAGCCUACGAAGGGCAAAAUGUUACAUGGACCAAAAACAAAGAUGAAAAUCUGGAGGCUCAAGGAAACAAGAUCAUGAUCACCGUGGAGGGCUGGAAGGGGGCCAAUUACUCCUGUUUCAACAAGGAGGGCUCUUACCUAAACCACACACUGGUGCUGGCUCAGUGGACCUUCAAGAAGAUUAUCAAGAACACUCCUGAAAAAGGUUACAUCCAUUGCUCAACAAAUAACUAUGGAGGUUCCUUCCAAUGUUUCUGGACAUGGGAUGUGAACAGGAAUGGCCAUGUUGCUCAUAUCAAAGCCACCCGCCCUCACAGUGGAAGCAACAUCAGCUGCAGUCUGGAUUCCAAAGGACAGAGUAUCACAUGCUUAGACCAAAACUACUGUCCAUAUUCAGAGGAGGUGGAUCGCAUCAACCUGACCAUAUACUUCAGAAGUAGCUUUGUUGUAGAAACCUACAACACAAAGUUUUACAUCAUGGAUAUUGUGAGGCCUGAUGUAGUGGCUAUAAGCAGGAUCAAUCAAACAUCUGUAGAAGUUGGAUAUCCGCACUCUUGGAACACACCAUCUUCUUACUUCCCUCUCAUCUUCCAAGUGAAAGAGAUUCGCUGUCCGAAAAGCAUAAAAUGUGACUGCUCCAAACCAAACUCGCCAGAGACUUACCUCACACAAAGUCACCAGCUUCCAGUGACAAAAGGGAGGGCGGUGUGUGUGAGAGCGAAGGAUGAAUUCUGUAAUUCUUCCUGGAGUGAAUGGAGCCUGUACAAAUGCAGAAACAGAAAAAACAAGAAGCAGCGGAACCAAAAACCAAAGUUAAUGAUGCUAUAAUUUAUGUAUCAUUAAAUAAAACUUUAUAUUAUUUAAUCAUUUUAACCAUUAUGAACAAUACUGACUCCUACCACCCAUUAGAUCUACUUUGGUCAUAUACUGUAUAAUUGAAUACAAACACAUUGUAUGUGUUCUUGUAAUAUAUAAUGUGUUUAUCUAUACAUUGUAUAAUAGAAUGAAUAACACUAUCAUGCCCUUAAAUGAAUUAUUUAUUUCUGUAGUACAUUUAAAUUGUGUUACAUGUAUUUAUUAUGAUUGCAAUGUUUCUGAUGUCUUUACAUGAUUAUAUCAGACAUAAAACAUCCAUAUGCUCGUAAUUAUGUUUGUGCUGCGUGUUUAGAUUCAAGAAAUAAUUUCAUGUCUCAACGAUUGUGAACUAUUAUGUAGGUUGCCAAACAAUGCACACAUUUGAAAGGCAUGGACUUUGUUGGGGUCCUAAUUAUGUGCAAAUGUCUUUUCUU